CGAGACAGCAGAGGGCAGACAAGUGCAGGAAGAUGGCGACCUGCAGGACGUGACACUCGUGUACUUGCUUAUGACGUAGAGCUAGGCUUGGUAGGGAAUUCAGUCCAUUUCUGUCCAUCGUUCUUGCUCAACCCUACCUGAAGGAAAGUCCCAUCCAACUGCUUCUAUUAGUUACAUUUUCCGGCAAUAUAUGUGAGGAACACGCGUUACCUUGGAGUACUGAAGAAUGAGCACCUUUCAAGCACGAGUGCUGUACGAUUUCAAAGCUCAGCCCGGAACGGGUGAGCUCACUGUAACAGAGGGAGAAAUUUUGACAGUUUUAAGACGGGAUGUCGGUGAAGGUUGGUGGGAAGGACGAAAUGCUGCUGGGGAGGCUGGCCUUUUCCCCGAGGCUUAUGUUGAGCUAUUAUCAUCAGGACCCCCAUCAGUUCCUCCUCCCCCCCUUCCUCCUGGAUUUAACAAUGGUGGAGAUACCCUCUCACCUGUUUGGGAUCAGAAGCCAGUAACAUCUGCAUGGGAUCAUCCAGCUGGAUCAACUGCCUAUGAUCGAUCAGCUUCAACUUCUACACCUGCUAGUGCAACCUCUCCUCCAUGGAAUAGUGGCUGGCAGGCUCAGCAAAAUUCAUAUCCCCAGGUCAGCUGGAGCGGAUACGGGAGCCCUCCCUCUCCUCCCAUGGCCAUCACGUCCUCCAGUUUCCCCGAGGAAGACAGGCGAUGGAGCGGUGGAAGUGGGGCGUCGGGGUCGGGACUGGGUCCGCCACCACCUAUCAUCACCCACACCGCCGCCACCCCUCAGGGAUCACCUUGUCCCACGAUUCAUGAUGUGCUCGAGGAACCCAAGUACGAGUUCUGGUGUUUCAUGCAACGGGGCUCGGGGAGCCCAUUCCGUUUCCCCUUCCUCAUUGCCGGGACAGGAGAAAAGAGGAGCGACGCGUUGAGCCGUCAGACGUCCAAUGCGUCCAAUGCGUCCGUCGUUUCACCAAAAAUCAACAGCCUACCCCUCACCGCUCUCAAAUUGGACGAUCUCUCAGCGAGCGAUAAGGAGCUUUACAAGAUCUGCUGGUACUUUGAACCCAAGGGCUGCUUUAAGGACAAGGAAUCCUAUUCCCUCUUCCUCUUCUCUCCAGAAAACAGAUUUCGGAAGUUUUGCCUGUGGUUUACAAGAAAAAAAGCGUUCGACCACGUGAUUCUGGCCUUUAUAGCCUUGAAUUGCCUGACGUUGGCCAUGGAGAGACCAACCAUCCCACCGCAUUCCGUGGAAAGGAUAUUCCUCAACUUCGCCAACUACGUAUUCACAAUUGUCUUCGGCUUGGAAAUGUUUUUCAAGGUAGUGGGAAUGGGUUUCAUGUACGGAGGGCAUGCGUACCUGAAGUCGGGCUGGAACGUGAUGGAUGGGAUCCUUGUCUUCAUUUCCCUCAUUGAUGUUUCCAUGCAAGUCCUCUCUGACGCAUCUCCCCGUAUCUUCAACAUCCUUCGGGUGUUCCGUCUCCUGCGCUCCUUGCGUCCCCUGCGAGUGAUCAAUCGAGCUCCAGGCUUGAAACUCGUCGUUCAGACCCUCAUCACAUCGCUGAAACCCAUCGGGAACAUCGUCCUCAUUUGCUGCACCUUCUUCAUCAUCUUUGGCAUCCUUGGCGUCCAGCUGUUCAAGGGAGCCUUCUAUCACUGCCAAGGGCCGAACAUAACCGGUGUGAGGACGAGGAGUGAUUGUGAUGGUGAAAAUUACAAAUGGGUGAACCAAAAAUACAAUUUUGACAACCUUGGACAAGCCCUUAUGUCCCUCUUUGUGCUGUCCUCCAAGGAUGGUUGGGUCUCCAUCAUGUACCAGGGUCUCGAUGCCGUCGGAGUCGACAAACAGCCGGUGGAGAAUUAUUCCGAAGGGCGACUGCUGUACUUCAUUUCGUUUCUUCUCCUCGUGGGAUUCUUCGUGCUCAACAUGUUCGUUGGCGUCGUCGUUGAGAACUUCCAUCGAUGCCGAGAAGCCCAGGAAAAGGAAGAAAAAGCGCGACGGGCAGCGAAAAGAGCCAAGAAAUUGGAAAAGAAGCGGAAAAGUACGCCUCUCCUCACCAAUCUCUCCCGUGAUGAUCAUGACAAUCAAUCCAGUUCCUCGGAUUCCGAUUCCGGGAGUAGGGGAGGGAAAACGGCGGAUCGUCUCGGGCUGCGGGAGCCACCGUAUUAUAUGGACUAUAGUCGCUGGAGGCUGUUGGUACACAACAUCGUGACGUCGAAGUACUUCGACCUGGCUAUCGCUGCCGUCAUCGGCCUCAACGUCGUCACCAUGGCCAUGGAAUUCCAUCUCAUGCCCGAUGCUUUGGAAUAUGCAUUGGAGAUCUUCAACUACUUCUUCACGGCUGUAUUUAUCCUGGAACUAGCUAUGAAGCUCGUCGCGCUCGGAGUGCGAAGAUACAUGAAGGACAAGUGGAACAUGUUGGAUGUGGGAAUCGUGAUAUUGAGCAUCGUGGGAAUCAUGUUCGAGGAGAUGAAGAACGAUAUCAUGCCAAUAAAUCCAACCAUCAUCCGGGUCAUGCGAGUCCUCCGAAUCGCCAGAGUGUUGAAGCUGUUGAAGAUGGCCAAGGGGAUUCGGGCAUUGUUGGACACGGUGAUGCAGGCGUUGCCUCAAGUCGGUAACUUGGGGCUUCUCUUCUUCCUCCUCUUCUUCAUCUUUGCCGCCCUCAGCGUGGAACUCUUCGGACGACUCGGUCAUAGUCCCUUGAAGAAAGUCCCAAGUGCCCCAGCCAAUAUGACUCUUUAUUCACUUAGUCGCUCUUGGCCGCUCAACAUCGACAAGCCCAAUCCUGAAAAAGACUUGAGAGUGGCGUUGGAGAUAUUACUGAAGUUGGAAGGGGAAAGGGAAAAGGAGCGGGAGUUGCCCCUGCCAGUGCUGUUUCCGGGGAAGGCAGUGAUGCCAAGUCCCAUCCAUGCAAGACGAGGACUCAAAGUCGGUCUAUCCGAAAGCAAACCCGACAUCUUGGAGCACGACAUCUAUCAACAUACUCCCUCUGUCUCUCUUUUGUCCUCCCCGAAUCCGAAUCCGGAUCUCGGAGACGAAGACGAAGACGAAGACGAAGACGAAGACGAGACCGCCUCGUUUCAGGAAAGGGCAAGAGGGACACUGAGGGGGACACUGAGCCUGGACGAGAGCCUCAGCGUGAGUCUCGCUCAGAGUUUCCUGACGAGUUUUGAGGAUCCAGAUGGGAAGUGCGACGUGGAUUCAUCUUUCUCCGUCUGUACCUCUCACGAUGACGAUGACCCACAACCCUGAAUUCCGUAGCAUACAUUCUCCCACUUCCCAGUCCCGAUUGGGAACCCAAAGAUCAAAAGUGCGGGGACACGAAGCACAAAUUUAAAUUCAAAAUGACUGCGAAGAAGUACCCCUUUCAUUUUGAACCCCUGUUGGUCAGUAUUAGCUGGAGCUGUGAUUCCGUGCCUCCCCUCCUCCAUUUUUCUUAGUGCACUCCACCUAUAAAUCUCGUAUCAGAUUUCUCAUAUGCUUGUCAUAAAAAAUCAACUUCCCGAUUUUUUAAAUUUCCAAAUCGUUUGGCUGCCAGGGAAUGAGAGAAGACUGGAAGUGUAGUCUUGAACUUAUUUUAUUUUAUUUUCACCCGGGUCUUUGUUCCCUUUGACAAUCUCCGUAAAUUGCAUGAUUCUGGGCACGGUGAGUAACGUGACAACAUUCGAGUCCUGUGAUGUUCCUUUCAUGUCACUUUCCACUCCGGAGUCUCCAUCUUCAUCCCCUUCCAGAAUUGUGCUAUUUUCACACUUUCUUUAUCUUUUUUUCCCUCUCCCUUUGACAUGGAAGUACCUCACAAAAUUGACACAAACGGUGGAUGAUGGUGCUAACUAUUAUUUCUUCCUUUUUAUUACCCCUUCAGAGCAUCAUGGUCCUUCCCCCCCCCCCCCCCUCUUCCAUCUUUCAGAUAGCGAUUGACGAGCG